AAAAUAUUUCUGAGGCAUCACAGUCGAGUUUACAGUUCGUCACAUUUUAAAUCCAACGAAAAGUCGCUUUUCAAUAUGAGGCUGUUAUUAGCCUUGUUUUGCCUUAUUCCGUUCGUACUCGCGGUAGGCGACAAUAUUUACGUCAAAACUUCCCUCGGUGGAAUCAAGGGGCAGUACAAAUAUUCCGAACAUGGACGACCCUAUUACGCUUUCGAAGGAAUUCCUUACGCCAAACCUCCAGUUGGUGAACUCAGAUUCCAGCCCCCACAACCGAUCGAGGGAUGGACCGGUGAGCUCGUAGCGACGAAAACUGGAUCAUCGUGUCUCCAAUACUCUCACGUACCGAUUCAUCCCAAGGAAAGAGUCGUAGGUGCUGAAGACUGUCUCUACCUCAACGUUUACGUUCCCGAGAUCGAAUCGUCGAAGAAAUUACCAGUCAUCGUUUGGAUCCACGGUGGAGCUUUCCAAUGGCACAUGGAGUACAACUACUACACUGGAGAGCUGACCAAACCCGACUAUCUUAUGGACAGAGAUGUCAUUGUUGUGACCUUCGACUACCGUCUUGGACCACUUGGAUUCCUCAGCACCGGUGAUGGAGUCGUGCCCGGUAAUAUGGGUCUCAAGGAUCAGAACCUUGCUCUCAAGUGGGUAAAAGAACACAUUAGUGCCUUUGGUGGUGAUGACGAACAAAUAACAUUGACUGGUUUGAGCGCGGGUGGUGCCAGUGUCCACUAUCACUAUCUAUCACCUCUCAGUCGUGGUCUUUUCGCGAGAGGAAUAUCCUUCAGUGGAACGGCGUUCGAUUGUUGGACCCAGACUGAAAACGCUGCUGAGAAGGCCAAGAAACUUGGAAGCAUCCUGGGUUGUCCAAGCGAAAACAACGUCGAAUUGAUUAAAUGUCUGCAAGAGCGACCAGCCCGUAGCAUUCUUCAAGCCGAUGGAGAUUUCAUGCCAUGGGGUUACAAUCCAUACACUCCAUUCGGGCCAGUCGUUGAAAAAGGUAGCAACGCUCCAUUCAUUGACCGGUCACCAAUCGAAAUUGUGAGCAGCGGAGAUGUUCAAGAUCUCCCAUGGAUCACCGGUGUCGUUCAAGAAGAGGGUCUUUACCCAGCUGCCGACUUUGUCGCCGACAAAGUACUGUUGAAGGAACUGGACCACAAUUGGGAACUCAUUGCUCCUUUCCUCCUGGAUUACAACUACACGAUUCCCCUGUCUAAGCAAGCCGAGGUUUCGAGAAUCAUCAGGCAACACUACCUUGGAUCAAAGAGCAUCGACACCACGACCACUGCACCGCUCAUACAGAUGGUUGGUGACCGUAUCUUCAUCGUCGACGGUGUUAAAGCUGCCAAACUGACAGCUAAGAUCAACAAGAGCCCAGUCUGGUACUACUACUUCACGUACAGAGGUGCUAACAGCGCCAGUGAUGCCAUGAGUCACACUACUCAAAACUUUGGUGUAGCCCACGGAGAUGACACGUACUACGUAGUAGGAUCGCCCUUCGUUGACCCAACAACAACAGCUGACGACAGAGCCAUGCAGAGAUACUUGCUCGACUUCUGGGUUUCUUUCGCCACAACCGGCAUUCCCUACGUCGGCAUCGAAUGGCCGAAAUUGGACCCAUCCAAGGAGGGUCUGCAAUACCUGCACAUCAAGGCUCCUGGUGAGAGUGUCAUCGAGUACAACACCGAUUUCGGACAGUACAAAUUCUGGAACUCAAUCGACUUCAACGAGAACAAACUCAAGGGACAAAAAAUUGACAGCAUCAUUGGAAAAAAAAUCAUUGACAUUACAAGCAAACUGAGAACUCAAGUUUACAGUUCGUCAAAUUGUAAAUUCAACGAAAAGUCGCUAUUCAAUAUGAAGCUGUUAUUAUUCUUGUUUUGCCUUGUUCCGUUCGUAUUCGCGGUGGGCGACAAUAUUUACGUCAAAACUUCCCUCGGCGGAAUCAAGGGACAGUACAAAUAUUCCGAACAUGGACGACUCUAUUACGCUUUCGAAGGAAUUCCUUACGCCAAACCGCCAGUUGGUAAACUCAGAUUCCAGCCCCCACAACCGAUCGAGGGAUGGACCGGUGAGCUCGUAGCGACGAAAACUGGCUCAUUGUGUCUCCAAUACUCCCAGGUACCGAUUCACCCCAAGGAAAGAGUCGUAGGUGCUGAAGACUGUCUCUACCUCAACAUUUACGUUCCCGAGCUCGAAUCGUCGAAGAGAUUACCCAUCAUCGUUUGGAUUCACGGUGGAGCUUUCCAAUGGCACAUGGAGUACAACUACUACACCGGAGAGUUUACCAAACCUGACUACCUCAUGGACAGAGAUGUUAUUGUUGUGACCUUCAAUUACCGACUUGGACCACUAGGAUUCCUGAGUACUGGUGACAAAGUUGUGCCUGGUAACAUGGGUCUCAAGGAUCAGAGCCUUGCUCUCAAAUGGAUCAAAGAACACAUCGGUGCCUUUGGCGGUGAUGAUGAACAAAUAACAUUAUUUGGUUUGAGCGCAGGUGGUGCUAGUGUUCACUAUCACUAUUUAUCACCUCUGAGCCAUGGUCUUUUCACAAGAGGAAUGUCGAUGAGUGGAACAGCAUUUAACUGCUGGACCCAGAUAGAAAACUCUGCAGAAAAGGCCAAGAAACUUGGGAGCAUCCUGGGUUGCCCAAGCGAGAACAACGUUGCGUUGGUGAAAUGUUUGCAAGAACGGCCGGCUCGGAAUAUUAUUCAAGCCGAUGGUGAUUUCAUGCCAUGGGGUUAUAAUCCAUACACUCCAUUCGGACCAGUGAUUGAAAAAGGUAGCGACGCGCCAUUUAUUGACCGUUCACCAAUCGAAAUCAUAAGCAGCGGUAGUGCCCAAGAUCUCCCAUGGAUCACUGGUAACGUCAAAGAGGAGGGUACUUACCCAGCUGCUGACUUUGUCGCUGACGCAGUACUGUUGAAAGAACUGGACCACAACUGGGAACUUAUAGCUCCUUUCCUCCUUGAUUACAACUACACGAUCCCCUUGUCUAAGCAAGUCGAAGUCUCAAGAAUCAUCAGGCAACAUUACCUUGGAUCAAAAAGCAUCGACACUACAGUCAUUGCACCACUUAUCCGUAUGAUUGGUGACAGAGUCUUCAUCGUCGACGGUGUUAAAGCUGCCAAACAGAUGGCUAGGUUCAAUGAGAGCCCGGUCUUGUACUACUACUUUUCAUACAGAGGUGCCAACAGUGCCAGUGAUGCCAUGAGCCAUACUACUCAAAACUUUGGCGUAGCCCAUGGGGAUGACGCAUACUAUGUAGUAGGAUCGCCCUCUGUUGACCCAACAACAACAGCUGACGAUAGAGCCAUGCAGAGAUACUUGCUCGACUUCUGGGUUUCUUUUGCCACAACUGGCAUUCCCUACGUUGGCAUCCAAUGGCCGAAAGUGAAUCCAUCCAAAGAAGGUUUGCAUUAUUUGCACAUCAAAACUCCUCAAGAGAGGGUCAUCGAGUAUGACACAGAUUUUGGACAAUACAAAUUCUGGAACUCAAUCGACUUCAACGAGAACAGACUCAAGGGACAAAAAAUUGAGCUUUGAAUUUCAUUGAAAGGUGUCAAGUUCGAAAGUUUGAGAGAGUACAAGAAAAAGAUCUUGUACUCUAGAUAUUCUUCAUUAGUAAUUUGAUGCUCACUGAAGUUUGCCAUGUACACUAUUAAAGAUAGAGAAUCCCGUGGAAUGUCAGUCAGUCAAAUACACAAUGGGUCUAGCAAAACAAAAAUUUAGAUUCUGCAAAUCCAAAAUUGAAAAGGAUUUAUGAAAAACUAAAUUAGUGUUAAUCACUAUUUUCACAGUGAAUAUCAGGAUCCAUUUUUGGUUGGAAUGUGGAAAAAUUCAAAAUAAAAAAUUAGAAAAGUUAGAGCAAAUAA